UCUCCAUCCGGGUCUCCGCUCCGGGCCUCCGGGGGCUGUCCGUGUCCUCCCCGGCCUGAAGCGCUGCUGUCCCCGCUGCUGCUGAGCUGAAGCUCCGGGAGGCUCCGGGCUCCACCCGGGCUGCGAUGGGAUGCUGCGGGAGCGCGGAGCGGACAAAGAGAGAGUGGAGACCGCUGGAGGACCGGAGCUGCACCGACCUGCCCUGGUUCCUCCUGUUCACCGUCUUCUGUGUCGGCAUGGGAAGCAUCUGUGGUUUCACCAUCGUCACCGGCGGCGCCGCUCGCCUGGUGUUUGGCUACGACAGCUACGGCAACACCUGCGGUCAACGCAACGAGCAGAUCGAAGGCGUGAGGCUCAGCGGCCUCGACCACACCGACAGGAAGUUCGUCUUCUUCCUGGAUCCCUGCAACGUGGACAUUGUUCAGAGGAAAAUCAAGUCCCUGGCCGUGUGUGUGUCUCUGUGUCCGAGCGAUGAGCUGAAGACGUACCAGGACGUGAAGAUGUUCGCCAUGCUCAACGGUUCUGAGCUGUGUUCCUACGAGUUAGCGGCUCAUAAAUAUCCUGGUCUACCUGAGAGGUUCUCCAAGUGUCCCAAACUUCCUGUUCCACCCAGUAAGCCGUUGCCGGUGUUUAACCGCUGCACUCCGAUGGAUAUUUCCUGUUACACCAAGUUUGCAGAGGCCGUGGUGACGUUUGUGGGAGACAACAGUUUCCUGCACCGCCUGAUCGCUGGCGUCGCUGCGAGUAAGGAGAUCAUCGUGGGCCUGUGCGUGCUGGCGCUGGUCCUCUCCAUGCUCCUCAUGGUGAUCAUCAGAUACAUCUCUGCCGUCCUGGUCUGGAUCCUCACCUUCCUGGUUGUCCUCGGAUCGCUCGCGGGAACCAGCGUCCUCUGGUGGCUGUACAUCGACCACCGACUGUACGGGAACGACACCUCGCCCAAAGUGCGGAAGGAGGCGAAAGAAGAGGAGGAGCUAACUCGAGACAGCGGACAGGCGCUGCUCGUCUACGCUGUCGCCGCCACUGUCUUCACCAUCAUCCUGCUGCUGCUGAUGCUCUUCAUGAGGAAACGAGUGGCGCUGACCAUCGCUCUGUUCCACGUGGCAGGAAAGGUCUUCAUCCACCUCCCCCUCCUCACCCUGCAGCCCUUCGUCACCUUCCUCGCUCUCCUGCUCUUCUGGAUCUACUGGAUCCUGGUCCUGCUGUUCCUGGGAACCACUGGAAACCCGGUCCAGAAUGAGGAGACGGGUUUGACGGAGUUCAGACUGACCGGUUCUCUUCAGUACCUUACCUGGUACCACGCCGUGGGUCUGGUCUGGAUCAGUGAGUUCAUCCUGGCCUGUCAGCAGAUGACUGUGGCUGGAGCUGUGGUCACGUACUACUUCACCAGGGACAAGAACCGCCUCCCGGUGACCCCCGUCCUGUCGUCGGUGGUGCGGCUGCUCCGGUUCCACCUCGGCACCGUCGCUAAAGGAUCCUUCAUCAUCACGCUGGUCAAGAUCCCUCGACUCAUCCUCAUGUACAUCCACAACCAGCUGAAAGGAAAGGAGAACGUGUGCGCUCGCUGUCUGCUGAAGACGUGCAUCUGUUGUCUGUGGUGUUUGGAGAAGUGCCUCAACUAUCUCAAUCAGAAUGCAUAUGCAGCCACAGCGAUCAACAGCACCAGUUUCUGCACGUCUGCUCGCGACGCCUUCGUCAUCCUGGUGGAGAACGCUCUGCGUGUCGCCACCAUCAACGCCAUAGGAGACUUCGUGCUCUUCCUUGGGAAGGUCCUGAUUGUGACAUCGACAGCAUUCGCCGGCGUCGUCCUCCUCAACUCCCAGAGGGAUUACGCCGAGUGGCUCCUCCCUCUCGUCAUCGUGUGUCUCUUCUCCUUCCUGGUGGCGCACUGCUUCCUGUCCAUCUUCGAGAUCGUGGUGGACGUCCUGUUCCUCUGCUUCGCCAUCGACACCAAGUACAACGAUGGAACUCCAGGAAAAGAGUUCUUCAUGGACAAAGCUCUGAUGGAGUUUGUGGAGAGCAGCCGGAGGUUGGAGCGGGUGGAGCGGGGGCGGAGCCGGGUGAAGGAGGCGGUCUCUGAGGGGGCAGAGAUGAAGCCCAUGGCUCCGGGGACGAGUUCAGCUUGACCAAAAUCAGAGGGAAUUAAAACGAGAGACAUUCCAGAAGUUUAUUUUUCCAGGUGUAACAUGUUUACUAUGGUUUCACUCCAGGGAAAACAAUAUUUUAAUAAGAAACUGUAAAAACGUAACGAUGACGCACUUUAUACCGAAGCGCUGCAGAUUUUAAACCUGCUGAUGCAUUUUUUCGUAGUGAUGUCGUUUUUUAUAAACUCACCCUGAACUCAUUGCUCACAGUUUGAUUUUGUUCUGGAGAAACCUGCGGGUUGCUGACACACACCUGGACUCCAUGUUGGAUCUGGAGUGUUGUGAUGUCAUCAGAGGGGCGGAGUCUGUGCACAGGACCUGCAGCCAUAAAGCUCCACGUCUUAUUGGUCGAUAGAUACAGAUAAAUAAUCAUUACAUGAGACUGGGCCGUAAGUUUGA